CUGCCAUCUAGCAAAGCGGACUGAUGCACACAAUGCGCAUUGUUGCUACUCGGUCCUUUCCUCGCUCACGCACCCCGGCUCAGACGGAGGCUCAGGUGGAGCAGCGUCCGCAGAUGAUGCGCCCUCGUUUGCGUGAUUAGCGGGGAUCCUGUGAGAAGGGAUUUUCUAUUGGGUGAACGCUCCUACAUGGAAAGCUCCUGUAGAGCGCGCAGCUGUGCAUGCGCCUGCUGCUGCUGCUGCCGUUUGUGUUGAUGCUGAGGAACCCCUGCUCCGUCCGAGCCGCUGCAGAUCCCAGAGGGCAGCAGUGAAUUCAACACCAUGGCUCCAUCCGCUAAAGUGCUGGACGGAGGCUGGGGAUGGGCCAUCGUCGUGGCCUCUUUCAUGGCCCAGUUCCUGGCCUAUGGAUCGCCCCAGUCAGUGGGCGUUCUCUACCCCGAGUGGCUGCACGCCUACCAGGAGGGCAAGGGCAUGACGGCCUGGGUGGGCUCCCUCGUGGGUGGAGUGGGACUGAUAGCCAGUCCCAUAUGCAGUGCAUGUGUGGACAGCUUCGGGGCUCGUCCCGUGACCAUCUUCAGUGGCGUGAUGGUGGCCGGUGGCCUGAUGCUCAGUGCCUUUGCUCCCAACGUGCAGUUCCUCAUCUUCUCCUAUGGGAUUGUUGUUGGCCUGGGUUGUGGUCUGGUCUACGCUGCCACGUUGACAAUCACAUGUCAGUAUUUUGACAAAAGACGCGGCCUCGCCCUCGGGAUUGUCACCACAGGCACAAGUGUUGGAGCGUUCAUCUACGCCACCGCUCAGAAUGAGCUGAUUGCACUGUACGGCCUGGACGGCUGCCUGCUCAUCAUCGGUGCUUUAGCGCUCAACCUCAUGGCGUGCGCCGGCUUCAUGAGGCCUCUUUACAUGCCGGGGUACUACCUCAAACAGAAAGCCGCCCUGGAGCGCAGCACGGAGGAGCAGCUCUUCGAGAAGCCCCAGGUGAACGACCUGCAGAUCACCGCAGGCUCCACCGUGACCAGUCCAGAGAAAAGUGUGACAGUGAAGGAGAUGCUCAUCACCAUCGAUGGCAAGGAUGUGGGAGUCCAGACGGAGAAGACAGGCAGCUUCCUGUCCGGGUGGGCCAUCAUGAAAGUCAUCAAGAACAAUCAGCAGGCGUACUCCAGGUACAUUCACUCCAUGUAUGAGAUCCUGCAGGACCAAGCCAUGGUGGCAUUCUGUUUCGCGGUGUUCUUGUUCAGCCUGGGGGCGUUCCCUCCCGUGCUCUUCAUAGAGGAUGUUGCGCAGAGUCAGGGACUCAUCGAAGAAGUAAGCGUCAUCCCUCUGGUAUCCAUAGGAGCCAUCGCCUCGUGCGUGGGUAAACUGGCGCUCGGUGGGCUGGUGGACAUCCGGUGGAUCAACAGCAUUUAUCUGUAUGCCUUCACGAUGUUCGCAGGCGGUGUGACGCUGCUCCUUCUACCUCUCACUAAGACUUACCUGGGACUGCAGAUCCUGUCUGCUGUGUUGGGUUUCUUCUCUGGGAACUGGUCUCUCACCUCUUACAUCACCACACAGAUUGUAGGCUUGGACAGACUAACCCAAGCACACGGAAUCCUCAUGUUCUUUGGGGGACUUGGGAUCAUGCUUGGACCCCCGGUUGUAGGGUGGUUCUUUGACUGGACACAGUCAUAUGAUUUGGCGUUCUACUUUAGUGGGAGCUGUGUGGUGCUGGGAGGAUGCAUUCUCACUCUGCUCACCCUUCCCUGCUGGAACAGGAAGCACGCUGAGAACGACAGACCUGACGUCCACUACACCAGCAACUGUGACAAAGUUGCCUCGGUAGCCUGAACAGCACCUUCUCUCAUAAGGACUCACAUCUUACCCCUACUGCCAAACAAUCGUCCACUGUACCUAAACCACCUGUAGCAGAAUUUCCUUUGAGUGUAUAGGGGUUCCUCUCUUGUAAACUAAUUAACCAAAUUAAGUUGCAGAGGUUUUGAAAUUCAGGCCUUUCUUCUGCCCUUUGCCUGCAUUUCUCAUGUUCACCCUGUGUGUCUUUGUAUUGGGCAACCUGGCAAUGUGUGGUGGAGUACUGCACCCACUGUACCACAGCGGCAGUUUCUCAUACUUUGGCAACUGUGUGUAAGAUGGACGGCAUGUCCCAUUAUUCAGAAAUUAAGCCAAAAUGUCCUAGAACCCUUCGAACCCUAUCAUGUUGGACAUUUGGUGCCAGAGUCUGCACAGAGGUGACAAGGGUAUGGAGCUGUUGUGAGGUCCCGCCGAUACACUCGUUGAACCGAUUGCGAGGUCUUAGCUGUCUCCAUGUUUUUAUAGCAUCCAAUAUUUAAUUAAAAUCAAACUUACAAGAAGGAUUAACACUUGAGAAAGCAUCAGUGUGAUAAGAACUACCCCAAACAAUAGAAACUGUAUUUCACAUGCACUUUUUGUUUGGUACAUGUCCCAUCCACUAACACGGAGGAGCUGGUGUUUAUGACCUACACUGCGGCCAGACACUUUGGCUUCCCUUUUGAGGAUCUGUCCUGUUGUCCUUCCUUAUGUACUGUGUAUGUGUCUGAGCCAUGAGUACUGAGAAGUAAUGAUGUAUUAAUAAUAGUAACUUCUCAGUACUCAGUGGUUGGAACUGGUGAGGUCCCCUUGCCAGAUGGUGUCUGGCUUUAAAGAUCUGACUCUGGUGUCUGUGGUGAUAAUCCUUUUUUUUUCAUGUCGCCUCAUUCUACGAGGCAAACUGAACAAUAUGCUUCAACUCCCAACACUCUACACUGUUUUUAUACAAACAGUGGCUGUCACUUAACUGCAGAGCUAAAACAAAAUUGUGGUUCAUGGGAAACUGGGUAGAGAGACAUCUGUAAAGUCAGCAGUUAACUUAAUGCUGCGGUUCAUUGGUCACAGUAACAAUCCCUCUGCAAAUGGACAAAAAUCUCACCCAGGAAUCUGACUUGAGCAGACAGCACAGGGAUCGGAAUGAAGGAGGGAGUCUUUUUAUGAUAAUCGUAAAAAUUAUAGCAACACACCCUAUUGUUUUGUAUUUUGCUUUAAAUAUAUACAAAUAUAUCUUUAAAACACCACUAUGUAACUUACCAAAGCAUCAAUUAUAGUCAAUGCCUGUCAACACAUAAUGCCUGUUGAAACAAUACAAGAGCCUUGCUUUAAAGAUAAUUUCUGUUUUCAAGUGCAUUGACUGAAUUUCUACCUUUUUGUAAUUGUUUGAGUUCAACAUACCUCGUGUGUAUGGAUCAUACGGAGCCUUUUUAAGAUGCUGAGUCAAAAACAUGUAAAAACAUUGAAGGGGUCGUACUGUAUUUCAACGUCAUCAUGAGCAUGUUGAUUCUCCAUGGCAUGUUUAUCAUGAUCUCUGCUGGCAUUCGUUUUGACCUGGCUGGUCCUUUUCAUCAUGUUGUGUAUGUGUAUACAUAUACUGUAUAUGUACAUGUUAAUGUGUGCGUUGUGUGUGUACGUGUUUGCACAUGCACACCCUCCUACGUGCACAGGCGUGGGGGUGCAUUGUUUGAUAAACUUUUGUACUAGCACUAAUUUGUAAAGUCCCACAUGUUAGUGACUUUUGUAUGCACAAAACUGGCCAUAGAGCUGUACUUUUUUUAUUUUAAAAUUAAAAGAGGAUUAGUGUGACAAUUGUAAUGAAUAUGUUGCAACACACUUUGAGAAUCACUCAAAUGCUGUUAAAUACACAACUGCAAAUGUCUUUUUGAUAGUUUCAGACUUAUAUGUUUUCUUUGUGUUUGUAUAUGAUAUUUACAGUGUGCUGAUGACGUACAAUUAGUACUGAUCUAAAAGUGACAGUAUGGUUUGUUGUCACCUUUUAGCUACUCUUAUUUUUUAUGCCAGUAUUACAAUAUUUAUGUAUGUAUUUCUGAUUUAUUAUUUCGUUUAUAAAGUGCCAAUACAAUAUAUUUGGAAUAAAGAAGUUGAGAUGUUGGUA